AUGUCUGCUACCACACCCCAAAGAACAUCCCUGCGACAGGGCUUGCGCCAGGCCCCCAAGGUCAACCAGCCUUUCAUUCCCGACACAGCGCCGACCCGCCGUUCGCAUCACCCCAGCUUUACAUCUCCUCAGCCCCAAAUGUCUCCCCAUAUGAGCAUGAAUCCCGCAGCGAACCCGCAGAGUGCACACUUCGCAGUUGAUAGCUGGGAAGGAAAAGGCCAGGCGCAAAUGCCGAUGUCUGUGCGGGAAGUUCCAACCCCAGGUAACCGACCGGGGCACUUUGCCAGCCUUUAUGAUACCCGGAAUAAAGCAGCCAAGGGCGCUGAUUUCUAUGAUCCGUACUUCCCCCUCCGGUACCUUGAAGUGCCCCGAACCGAUCACAUUUACAAGCGCGCUCACUACGGCCUCCAGUCUGGUAUCCAAGAUGAGGUCGACUUUGCACUAUAUCAUCUGGUCCAGAUAUCCAACCAAAGGUGGGACAAGUUCAAAUUCGAGGGAUUUCCACUGCUGGCGGAAACUCUCAUGCAGAAGGCUGGGAAUUUGAAUAUGACCCCCCUCAAACCGUCCGACCGAGUCAAUGUUCUCAACUCGUUGCAUGGAACGCGAACUGUCCUUGACAAGAUCCAACAAAUCCCGAUCACUCUGCCGUCCGAUACGCUGGAGACCUUCGAGUCCAACCACCUGAUUCGGAAUGUGAGAGAGGCAACUUUAGUGUUGCGCAACAUGGUUCUACUCGCAGAGAAUGCAUUCUACGUCUCUAGAUAUGCCAGUGGCCUUUUACGAGACUUUCUAGUCAUUCUCAUGAAUUUACCAAAUCAGCCUCGAUUUACUGAAAUCAAGAAUGAUGCGCUAGAUAUCGCCGAAGAGGUGACGAAAUACAUGCGGACAGACGCUCAAGACCCUCUUUGGGUUUCCCUCGUUGGCUUCUUGGAUUCACCAGACCGGGCGCACGUCAUUCGGGCUCUUUGGGCAUUGACUCACUUUUCCACGGAACUAGAGGAUGGAGAUGUCAACCGGGCCAUCGAUCACAUGUCCAAACCCACUCUCCAACAGAUGUACUAUCACACUCUCUUGGAUCUCGAUAGAGAUAUCCUGAGCGGCGCCCUGGAUUUCUGGUACCAAUACACGUUAAGCCCCGACAACAUCGAAACCCUGAUGGAUGUGAUCAACUUCCCCACUAUUCUUGUCCCUCGUAUGGUCGCACUUCUCACAUAUGAAGCGCGACCGACAAAGAAGGAGACAAUUCUGCAAGAAGAGAAGGUCGCGCCGCCGCCAUCAGAUAUCCCUCGCGUUCCACAGGAGCUGCUGGAGAAGCUGAUGGAGCUACCAGAACCAGAGCGAAGCUCACAGUGGCUCCGUUGCUGCUUUGUCGAGGAUGCUGAGUGCGAAAUUACUCAAAUUGCUCUCUGGCAAGCCUACCAAACUCGAUUCGCCAAUCCUCAACUUCCAGGUAGCGGUGUUCUUCCCGCAGCUGAAUUCAUUAAGAAUGUUAGCAACACCUUUACGAAUGCACAGGCUCAAGUCAUUAAUGGCCCCGGGACCAACACCAAAUUUAUCAUCAAGGGUAUUCGGCCAUUGGAAACCGCCUAUACGUUCGACGGUUUCCCAUAUCUCUACUGCAGGUGGGCAGAUAACUCAAAGCCAUCUAAGAUGUGCCAACGCGCAUUUGUCUCCCCCGCCGACCUACGAAACCACAUCUUUGGCGAGCACAUGAAACUGCAGGCUACUGAAACACCCGGAAAGUUCAGAAUGGACGCUGCUGAAACACCCAUCCAUGGUUGUCAAUGGGAUAACUGCACACGAUUCCGAGUCUCCGGGCCUAGUGCCAAUACUUCCUUGGUUGCUGGUCACAUUAUCUCUCAUCUGCCUGAGGAUAGACCUGCUGAUGCGGAACCUCCAAGCACCAAGCGUCCUAUUCUCCAGGAGCGAAUAGUCCGCAAGUGGUACUAUAUGGAUACCCCGAUCAACGAGAAGCACGAGCCGAUUGGAGUUGCAUACAAGGCAGCCUUAGUCUUGCGCAACAUUGCUCGCGGUCUUCCUAACCGAGAAGCUAUGAAGUAUGGAAAUGUCUCCUGGAAGAAGGCUUGCUUUGUGAGCCAACGCGCCAAGAUCGUGGAGGUCUGGGACCGCAACCGUGCACUACGCAAGGAGCUGACUGAGUUGAUUAUGGUUAUGGAAAAGGAAGUUGACUACUGA